UAUCUCAGAAUUAGGAAAACACAACAGCAAUAGAAUAUGAAUAUGAAGGCUUGAAGAAUAUUGAAGACCUGGCAAAUGCAUUUGUAGUAGAUAAAAGCUUCAUAGAUAAAUUUUAUUCUAGUUAUUAUAGCUCUAGCCAAAAGAAAUAAUACGUGCAGUAAAUGCCUUGUUAAAAAUAAAGAGAGACCCUGCCAUCCUAAUUGUUCUGGAUGAUGAAGAGCUGUCUGGCUGCCACGAGGCCAAAAGAUCACAAGAAGCUUUAAAAGCAGCGACUGGGGCUUGAGGCAGUUUGGAAAUGCGAUUGCAUUACUCAGUGAUGAGCAGAGAGACAUUGCUUCGUGGCUGCAUUUUUGUAUUUGUUUUUUUCCCCUCAUGUUUGAAUUUCAUAUUCACAAUCUCCAAUACGUUUGUGUUGCCUAAGUGAUACAGAAUUAAAUCGAAUCAUUUACUCCAGGGUUGAUAGCAUUAGACCAUGACUAUUUAUUGAAUAGUUCUUGCAAUAUCAGAAAUACCUUGAUAUUGCGAAAGAUAUAUAUGGUUUUAGAGGUUCUCUUCUACUAGCUGUGGAAACCACUUUUGGGGGAGCGUGUUUUCUCCAUAUAUCCUAAUUUCUACUUAAUAUACUUCCAUACCUCUUUAAAAUGUGUAAGAAGAAUUAUAAAACGAAACGCUUAGUUAUGUGGUACUCCUCAAUCAAUAUACAUUAAGAUGCAAUCAGAUGGGGGAAUAAAAAGAUAUGGAAGACUCGUUCUUUUCUUCAGGAAGCUUAAUAUUUAAUAACUUCUACUGUGAACUACGGACACUUUCUAUGUUUAGUUUACCCCUUACAACCACCCUGCAAGGUAGAUAUUGUUCUGUCAAAUUUAAGAGGCAAAUACUGAGGCGUAUAGACCAAGAACACACAAGUAGAAAGUGGCAGGCUGUAGAUUGGGCCUCAAAGUCCGUGCUCAUUUCAUUACUCCUAGCUCAUUAUGAUAAACCUGGCAGAAUCUCAAAGUUAUUUUCUAUUGAUUAAUGCUCCUCCUCCAUCAGGCGGUCCAUGGCAUUUUUCAACGUCAGAAAAUCUUGGAGAAGAUACGGGAUUUCCCCCUCUCUAGGUCCCUUAGCUGCUUGUGGACCCAGAACGCACCCUUUCUGAUCCGAUAUCUUCCUUGCCGCCCUGGCCAGAGGGUCAAGGUCUUUUCCUUAUGGUUGAGAGCCCCAGUAGACUGUCCAUUCCACACCUUUUUCCCAAGGAAAGAUGACCCAAAGGCGACCUGACUUCUCUUCUCCACGGAACUGCCAUUCCGUAAGCGGCCGCCAGGAGGUCCCGGCUCUGCACCCCCGCGCGGCUGCCGCGCGUUGAGUGCUUGUGGGGGCUACUUUGGAGCCACCGCGGCUGCAGCUGGAGCCCCGCGCUCGCUCGCCCGCGCGCUCCUUGGGCCCGGAGCCCCUCGCGUGGAUCCAUAAGAGUCGCCCCUCCUACCCGAGCUCACCCUCUUCCUCUCGCGCUCGCUGCAGCUGACCCGGCGCAGGAAGCCGACAGGGCCCCAGGCUGAAGGUAAAACCCCACGGAAGAAACAUGAGGUUCCCCCGGAAAUCACUCAAGAGGAAGAUGGAAGGGGCUGUUUAAAAUAGAUUUAAAGCGACAGGCCACAAGACUGGGGCCAGAGGGCUGGCAGUGGAAAACUCUGUUGGGUUGCGAUCUCUCACUGAAAAGUUCCAGGUGCCUUUUUGCUUCCUGCAAAACAAAGGAAGAAAAGAAGACCAUGUCCAUAGCCUUGAAGCAGGUGUUCAACAAGGAUAAGACCUUCCGGCCCAAGAGGAAAUUUGAACCUGGCACACAGAGGUUUGAGCUCCACAAACGAGCUCAGGCGUCCCUCAACUCGGGCGUGGACCUGAAGGCUGCCGUGCAGCUGCCCAGCGGGGAGGACCAGAACGACUGGGUGGCCGUGCACGUGGUGGACUUCUUCAAUCGGAUCAACCUCAUCUAUGGCACCAUCUGUGAGUUCUGCACCGAGCGGACCUGCCCUGUGAUGUCAGGGGGCCCCAAGUAUGAGUAUCGGUGGCAGGAUGACCUCAAGUACAAGAAGCCGACUGCACUGCCAGCUCCCCAAUACAUGAACCUCCUUAUGGAUUGGAUCGAGGUUCAGAUCAACAAUGAGGACAUAUUUCCGACAUGCGUGGGUGUUCCCUUCCCAAAGAACUUCCUUCAGAUCUGCAAGAAGAUCCUGUGCCGCCUCUUCCGGGUCUUCGUCCAUGUGUACAUCCACCAUUUCGACCGGGUGAUCGUGAUGGGUGCAGAGGCCCACGUCAACACCUGCUACAAACACUUCUAUUACUUCGUCACAGAGAUGAACCUCAUAGACCGCAAGGAGCUGGAGCCCUUGAAAGAGAUGACGAGCAGGAUGUGUCACUAACGCCCCGUCUUACCCUUCGGAAGAAAGAGGAAAGCUGAUUGCUCCUGGAGUCCCAGAUGGACAGGAGGGAGACCUCCCUGGCUGAAAUGGCACACCUACUUCCAGGAACAGCAAGAUGGAGACAAGCCGUGACUCCUGAGAGAUAUUCCCCACUCACUUUGUAUGCUCUUAACCCUGAGUGCUGCUAGCCACGACCUGUGGACCUGGCCGACCACAGCGUGAGAGAAGGACCACCCCUCGACCCUCCUCGCUUUGGAGGAAGCCUCCUAAGUGUGUCGCAGUUCUGCCUGGGACCUGCAACCCAAGCUUUACUGGAAUUCAGGUUUUCAGACUGAGAUACUAUUUGUACUUUUCCACUUAUCUGUCUUAUCAGCUGGCCAACUUUUCUGUACAUGUUUUCUAAGAACCCAAUGCAUUUUGGAACUCUGGAUGCGCAGAAAGUUUUUCUACAACAUGCCUUCCUUUCAGGUCCCUGAAAGCUUCCAGCCUGAUCCUGUGGCCUAACUUCGUGCAGGGCUGUGGAGCUGUGAGAGACCUAAGUCCCCACCCUGUAGCAUCAACCAUUUCCCUCAUAGGCAUUUUUAUCAGGGACACUCCACAGCGUGGCUCAUCUCUGUCCCCAACUGGGUCUGCACACUUUACCUACAGGGAACAGACUGGUUGUUGCCAGUUCACCCUGAACUGAAUGUGUUUUUUAUAACCACACCAUUCCUUAUCUCUUCCACUCAAAAUAUUUUUUCCUGUUUCCCAGAAGAGAGAAAUAAAAGGAAAUUGUAAAUGACCAAGGAUGAUCUGCAGAUGCCCUGAGCCAGAUUAGUGCAGUGUUUGUUCUUUAUUAAGGGGCAGGGAGUCAUGGCUGUCUCUGCAUAAUAUUAAUACUAAAAUUUCAGUAAAAAAGGAAAAAAAAAACGACAAUUGGUUAUUAGUGCACGUAACUCAGACUCCCAGCGUAUUGACUUGUCACUUCUCCAGCUGGCCCUCUGAGCUUCUAAAUGCAGUCAAUGUUUCCUUCCUCUUCCUCCGCACUCUCCCCUCGUCUGCCAGAUUAUAUUGUGGCAUGAAAUUAAUUUCUGUCCCAAUGACUGUGCCACAGUUGCCAAGGUAACCGUGGAGCUGGAGCUAACUUCCUUCUUCCAUCCUUCCCAAGCUUUCUAUUUCAGUAGACAGAAGAACUGUUCUGUGCUACAUCUUGCCUUUUAAAACCUAAGUGAGUUUUUGUUGAUGAAAUGUUGCCUUCUCUGAUUCAUUCUUGAAACUGUGGUGGCCCCAAAGGCCUGUGACUAGGUAGCAAUACUCCUUCAGGUGAUCAUUUGAAUUUGACAAAAUAGCAGUUGGUGGAGGGAAGUAGAUAAGAAUGUAUUAUCUCAUUUUAAUGUAAUACUGAUUAAAGAAUAAACAGCUCUGAUUUUGUUUCAUUAUAUGUAAUGUAUUAAAGCCAUGUGUGGCUGCCACAAGAGCCUCGAAAGCAUGAAAUCAUUCUUUGUCCAAACUUAGAAAGGGCUGACUGUCUGGGCACAGUUGACCUAACCCAGCAAGCCAACCCUUGCUUCGUAUCUCGUCAAAAUUGUCUCAUGGAAUCCAAAUGCUGCUACCUCUCUCCAUAUUGUUGCGCUUUGGUCAACAACAAACACCCCUCCCCCCUCCUGUUUUUGAGAGGACAAGAUAGGCAAAGAUUUUUCUCAGCAUCGCUUUUGGCUGAAAGAAUAUCUGACUGUCCUAAGGAUCCUGAGAACAGAGAAAUAAGAGCCCCUGCAAUACGCAGUAAGUACCACAUGGAAUGCUGAGCAGUGGGACACAGAAUGACCGCAUGGAGCCCGACCCUAGAGGGGGUGUGCGGGGGGACGGGCUUGGAAGCACUGCACCAUGGAAAACCAUAGGAGUUUUGCAUAAAAAAUUGACUGUUUCUGCAUUUAAAUAAUGCCUAAUCAAGUAGGAUGCUGGACUCUAAAGACAUUUGUUAUUGAUUCUUUUUAAGGUUAUUUUGUAUUAACUGUUUGUGCAUAUGACAUUUCCACUCAAUUUUAAAAAUCCAAAUAUUUUUAAACUUCUUGGAAUAAUUUACUCCUGGUUAUAUUACUAAUUGCACUAAUCAACUCUUCUAGAAUAAAUUCUGGCACACUACUCUUAUUUUUCAAUUGCAGUGUAUUUCUAUUCCCACAGAACUUUGUUUGGCAAAUUCUAAAGAAAAUCAUGACAGGAGUUUUUUAUCUCUUUGGCCUGACUACAUCUUAAGUACAUCUCAUUGUAAAUGGAGGAUCUGACCUCCCGCAGCCCGGCAGGCAUCUCAACUCUGUGCUCUGAGACUGACACCACACUUCUUCCUUGGAACUUGGCUGGCUCUCCUUCAUUUUCCAUUUUCUUUUCUUUUUUUUUAGUUGAAUUAUACAUAUAUUUGCUGUUAUUUCCUUUUGAGAAAUUUCAAAAUGGAAACUUCGAAAAGGAAAAGUUACAAUGAACAUCCAUAUACCCUUCACUUACGUGUAUCAGUUGUUAACAUUGUUUUUAAUCGUUAGCCUUUUCAUAUUUUCUUUUUCUCUCUGUAAAUAUACAUUCUUAUUGCUGAACCAUUUCAAAAUAUGUUGCAGAUAUCAUAAAACUUAAAAACUUUAAAAUAGCAUAAAGCUAUAAAUACUUUAAAACAUUUUGUAGCUUUUAUAAAUCCAGGAUCCAAUUAAGAAUCACAUGGCAUUUUGUUGUCAUUCCCUUUAGUUAAUGGAUUAGAGUUUUCUCUCUCUCUCUCUCUCUCUCUCUCUCUCUCUCUCUCUCUCUCUCUCUCUCUCUCUGUGUGUGUGUGUGUGUUGUGUGUCUUUUAUGACACUCAUUAAAAAGUUCAGGCUGCUUUGUUUGUAGAAUGUCCCACAAUCUGGAAUGUUUUUCUGAUUCUUUCUUCAUUAUUAUAUUUAUGUUAAUCAUUUUUUUUUUAGCAAGAAUACUACAUAAGUGAUGUUGUUUCUUUCUUAUUGCAUCACAUCAGGAAGCCUAUAAUGUCUAGUUGUCUCUUUUUAUGAUAUUAAGCUUGAUCAAUGGGUUCAGGUGUUAUCUGCCUGAUCUAGUCAUUGUAAUGUUCCGUAAUUCAUUUUGAAGCUCUGAAACUCAGUACACAUACAUUUCAUAGAGUGUGAGGCUGUGCAUAGGUGCAUUCCUCUCUUAAUAUUCUCAAAGAGGUCCAGGAUCUCCAAAGAUUACAACCAUGGCAGUUAGAAGAUACAGCAGUGACAAAGAAUUCAUCUCUUUCAGUUGAACAGAGGGAAGGAGAAGCCAAAAGCUUCCCUGCGCAGGCAAUGCGUGAGUAUGCUGGCUAAUGGGAAUUUGUAUCGUCCAUGUAUUCAACGUUGGAAUAGAUGUAACAAUUUUUUCUCUCCCACCCUUAGUUACCUCCCAUUCAGACCCAUGGUUUAUUGUAGAAAGCAUUUUCAUUGAAGCUGGUUGCCUAAGAGCACAAAAAUUGAUUGCAGGAGAGGCGGGGAACCUUAGAUAUUGCAAGGAGUCACGGCCCUCCAAAGGGACACAGUGCAUACACAGAUAUGAAGAAAAUAUGUGGUAUUAAAAUUUCACGAGGAAAGGGUGAUGAUUAGGAAUAAAAUGUCUAAAAAGUCUCCUUAGGAGGAUGACAAUGAUAAGAAAAUAGGUUGAGAAAUACUCAUGUAGAGUCAGUUUCUGCUUCCAAGCUGGUUAAUUCUCUCUUCCUAGGGUAUUUUCUCAUUUCUGAGGGCCAGGAUGAAUGGAAGCAACUUUGAGAGAUUUCUUAAUCCAUUCCUUCUACCCUCCCAAAACACAUCAGUAACAUUUCACGUGAAAAACUGAGUCUCCUCUCAAAGAUCUUCAUGCAUAGAAAUUCUGUAGUGUCCUUUGGUAUAACCCAUUUUACAACAUCUCAAAUCCUUCCAUUCAAGUACAGCCAAAGUAUUCUCUUUGAGUUUACUCCUUUCUUAGAGUCCCUUAGAGCUCACCUUUCUUAGAGUCCCACAUUAAGAAAGAUCUACAGACUAUAGAAU